AUGGCACCGGGGAGAGGGGAUGCACACCGCGUGGGGGCAGCAGGGAGGUGUGCGGCAGCCCAGGCCACCCUCUGCAAGGCCACAGCCGGGCACCGGCAGCUGGUGCUGCAGCUCGGGGGCAGCGCCGACGGCCCCCGGCUGCGGGAGGAGCGGCGCAGGAGGAGCGCAGAGGCCCGCGAGCUCAGCACCGGGCUGCGAUGUGCGCUGCUGGCGGGGCUGCGGCAGGCGCCGGCGAGCCCCGAGGAGCGGCAGGAGCUGGAGCGGCUGUGGGUGCUCUUCCUCUCUGCCCUGGAGCUCUUCCUGCAGGACCUGCGCCGAGCCCACCACCUCUGCCAGCUCUUCUCCGUGCAGGGGGGCGGCGGCGCAGCCCCGCUGCGCACUGGGCUGGGGGGCCCGGGGCUGCCCGGCCGCAAGGGGAGCCGGCAAGGGGGGGGUUCCACGCAGCCCCCAGCCGCCCCACGCCUGGAAGAGGAGAUUGAGCAGGUGAGGGCCAUGCUGGCGGAGAUGGAGAGCAGAGCCAACAUCCCGCUGUGGACGGUGGAGGCCACGCAGCCGGCAGGGAUGAGCGGCACCGCAGCCCCCGCAGCCGGGGCGGCUCGGGGGGGGUCUCGCGCUGGGCACUGCUGCAGGGUCCUCUGA